CCAAGUUCACUCUAGAUCUUAGUGACAUUACAUACUCACAUGGUCUUCGUGUUCCCAGAAGCUGUGGUUGCCAGUUGCCACUACCACUGCCACUUCACAGAUCUAAAUCUCCAUUUGACCUAAAUUCAAUUUCUCCACAACCUGAAAAAGCUUCAAUCAUCUCCACAUUCCAUUUUCCAUGGCAAAUGCCUGGAAAAAAGAUAAACCCUCUCGACUACUCUCUCCAAAGUUACUUUUUUUACUCUUCUCUUCCGCUCUCCUCUUACUCUUCCUAUUCUUCGCAUUCCUCGCCCCUCAUCCCUCAAAUCCUAACCCUAAUUUCCUCACUCUCAAUACCCUCUUCUCAAAUUCAAUUUCCCCUUUCGAUUGCAUCAAAUCACCUCAAGCCCACCCCGUCGUCGCAAGCAUCGUCGAAGGCGUUCAUUACCCGUUUCUCUUUUCGCUUUCCGAUUUCGGAAACCUACCUGAUAAGCCACACAAGAACAUCGUGAGAUUGCUCAAAGGGAAACCUUUUCGAAAACCUGAUAUCUCGGUGACUAUUCAGGAGGUUCUUGAGAAGGCUAAGAGUGAGGGAACGAAUGGGUUUGUUGUAGAUGUUGGUGCUAAUGUUGGUAUGGCGAGUUUUGCUGCUGCUGCUAUGGGGUUCCGUGUUCUGGCGUUUGAGCCUGUUUUUGAGAAUUUGCAGAAGAUUUGUGAAGGGAUUUACUUUAAUAGAGUUGGGGAUUUGGUUACUCUGUUUGAGGCUGCAGCAUCAGAUCGUCUUGGUAACAUUACGGUUCAUAAGUUGGUUGGUAGGCUGGACAAUAGUGCGGUUUCUGCCACAGGAGCAAAGAUGGCAUUUAAGUCCAAUGAAGAAAUAGCUUUUCAAGUACGUACUGUUCCACUUGAUGAAGUGAUUCCAACAUCAGAGCGUGUGCUUCUGCUCAAAAUAGACGUUCAGGGAUGGGAAUAUCACGUUCUCAAAGGAGCUUCCAAGCUACUCUCAAGGAAGGGAAGCCGAGCUCCUUAUCUUAUAUAUGAGGAAGAUGAGCGUUUGUUGCAGGCCAGUAAUAGCAGCGCUAAAGAAAUUCGAGAUUUCCUCCGCAGUGUGGGUUAUCAUGAUUGCACCCAACAUGGCACAGAUGCACACUGCACCAAGAAGGAUUGAUCGUAAUCAUGGUUCAGUUUUGCAGCCCCUAGAUGGGAAAUCAACUCAUUCCUAGUUUCCGUCAACACUUUCCAAUUGAUUAACAUCAUGUGUCAGCAAAUUGCUUAGCAGUGAACAAUUUGAUGAAUUGAUUACAGAUGAUGAUGGAAACCGGUUGAGACAGGGCAAUUGCACUGCUAACAGCUAGCUGAUUAACAACAUCAACAUGCAUAAGUAUCUAAUGGACAUUCAUUACCAUCAAUAUGAUUCUUGUGUAGAUGUCCUCGGGUUUUACUUAGGUUUUGUAUACAAGCAUUAAAUUGUAGUCAUUCAUUAAAUGCACGCCUUAUAACAUUGAAACUCGUGUAUCUGACAUAUGGAUAUAAAAGCUUCUCAUGUUUGUUUUGUGAUAAA